AUUGAGAUAUUUGCUGAAAAGUGAAAACCUGUAGGAAAACCAUUGAACGUUUAAUUGUGAAGUGAAAUUAUACCGAGCGUAUGUUACGGAUGUUUCGUUUUAUAACAACUAACAAAUCUUACGUAUUAAUAAUGAUUAUCUGCGUGAUGUAUUGUUUUUAUUGGAAAUUGUUGUUGGUUUAAAAUAUAACAUAUGAGUCUAAGACUAAUCAAUCGUGGGUUUCGAUUCGUGACGAGAAGUUUCAGUAAUAUGUCGUUCCCUGAAUCACCUGCGAAAGCCUCAAUAUGUUGCGAAGUGCUGGAAGGUGCGCCGCCUACGUAUGCUAUGUACGAAGCACUAAAGGAUUCCUGUCAUAAUAAUGCUACAUAUUUUCAACCUGAUGAUAGUGAGAAUGGUCAACGUUUGUACCAAGGAUUUAUAACUCUGAUAGAUCACAUUGAUACUGUAUGGCCUCUGGUUGACCACGUUAGAAAGGUGGCACCGUCAUAUGAUUUUGAUGAAAAAUCUCCAGGCAAUGGAUACAGAAGUUUCGUAUCAGUUGUGGAUUCCUGCAUCCUACAUGGCCUUAAACUUAGCAGACAAGUUUGCUCCGGACGGGAUGCAUUGUUAUUUAGAAAAGGAUAUUUUGUUAAAGAAGUGGAAUCAUGUGGACAACUCUUGGCAUCACUCGGCACAUGUCUUCAUCAUCUCCACACCCUAAUUUCAUGGGCACCUCCUGGAGACCUGUUUCCUGUCGAGCCACACUCGCCGGAAGAACUUUUCUCUAAGGCAGACACAAUAAAUCAGUAUUGUUUUUAUGGAAGAUGUCUAGGUUUUCAGUUCGCCCCGUCGAUACGCGGGAUCCUCAAGGGCAUAUCGAUAUGCAUGGCCGGCUUCUCGGAGGCCUACUACAGCCAAGGCAAUCUGAUAAGUUCGGUGUGGACGGGCGGGCAGUACUUGAUCGACCCCGAACUCCGGGCCAGAAGGAUUGUCAACAUAUCGCAGUCCGCCAGCGUGGAGUUCUGCAAGGCCUUUUGGUUUCUCACUGAGAGUGAAAUAAUGCGGCGAGUGCCGAGUCUGAUGUCGACCACGGUGGCGGUGAACAAAUUGAUAACGAUAACGCCUCAGCCCCUCGCGGUGGCGACCGCGGCCGGCGGGGAGAAGACGGUUCUUCCGCCGAACUCGCACAUCGGCCUGCACGACCUCAACGUCAGGCUGAUCAGUGUCAACAAGAGGAACGGAAUGACGAACGAAAGCUCCACUCUUCCGGCGGCGGACGGCGUCAUAUUCCACUGCCACGGAGGAGGUUUCGUGGCGCAGAGUUCCAAAUCGCACGAGAGCUAUCUGAGAGAUUGGGCGGCCAAGCUCAACGUGCCCAUUCUGUCCGUGGACUACAGCCUCGCUCCGCAGGCUCCCUUUCCGAGGGCCUCGGAGGAGGUCUUCUACGCGUACUGCUGGCUCUUGAACCACCUCGGGGAGGUCGGCACCACGGGUAAAAGGAUCGUGUUCGCGGGCGACUCGGCCGGGGCAAAUCUCCUCGCGGGCUGCAUUCUUCGAAUACUGGAGAGCGACAUUCGGGUCCCGGAAGGCCUGUUCAUGGCCUACGCCCCGCUGCUCGUCAGCUUCAUCCCGAGCCCCUCGAGGCUCCUCUGCCUCAUGGACCCUCUGCUGCCUUUCGGCUUCAUGAUGAGGUGUCUCAAAGCGUACGCGAGUCCCAAUUCGAAGAGCAAAGAAGAGAAACGCCAAAAGGAAGCGACUUCAUCGAACGCGACCACGCCCAUAGACGGAAACGGCUUCCUCAGAGUGAGCCCCUCGCAGGAAGGCCUCAGCGAGUCCUCGUUCGAGGAGGUGUCUCCGUCGGACCUGCUGGAGCUGCAGGCGCACAAGUCCCAAGGCAGCCAGAGGAGGCACUCCGGGGACACCACGGUCAGCGCCGCUUCGCUGCAGAGCGAGCACACGGCCACGGGCGUCAGUCCGUCGGAGGAGCGGUCCCAAAAGUGCGCGUCGGAACUGCUGGACAGAUACGUGUUCGACAGCGACUCCGACAGCGAGGGCCGAAGGAUCGAUCGUGCCAGUCGCGGAGGUGAAUCCGAAACUUCGAGCACUCUGGUCGGCGAGCCUCCUCUGGUGGUCGACGGCGAGAGGGAGCCGAAGAAAAAGGGCAAAUCACGCAUCGGCGAGGCGGCGUCGGGCAUAAUGGGGGCCAUGUCGUCCCGUUUCGCCUCCAUGAAGGACUCCAACGCCAUCUCUGGCCCCACGCAGGAAGAAAUGGCGGGGCGGUCGAACCUAGACUCCCUGAUAGCCAGGAGUCCCUCGGACGAGUUCAUGUUCUCGGUGCCCCGAGACCCCGUCCUGUCCCCCUACUGGGCCGAGGACCGGCUGCUGAAGAGGUUCCCGCCCCUGAGGAUUCUGUCGGUGCACAUGGACCCGUGUCUGGACGACUGCGUGAUGUUCGCGAAGAAACUGAAACGUCUGGGCAACGAGGUGGAGAUCGACGUCGUCGAGGGACUGCCCCACGGCUUCUUGAACCUGUCUCUGAUGGCGAAAGAGGCCAACGACGCAUCCCUCCAGUGCAUCGAGAGAAUAAAACAAUUACUGGACGCGGAUGCGCUUUCCGCUGAUUUAUGAACGCAACGGCCUUCGUCUAGUGUUUAGGUUCGUUGCCUUUGGACGCGACGUCGACGUUCCGACGUUAUUCUUUCGUAGCGAGUAGACGUUGAAAAUGUUGAAGCGAGCGAUUAUUGGCAAAAGGCAUAGAAAUACUGAAAUCACAAAUAUGCCGUUUCAGAUUUAAAGCUUUCCGAAGACGACAGUUUUCAACAAAAUUACAGUAAAACGUUAUUUUAAAAAAAUAACAAAUAUGACAUUCCCUAAUUAUUUACUAAAGAAAUUGAAUUUAAAAAUCGAUCUAUAAAUAAUAACGGCUGAAGAGUCGAUAUACCGAGAUAGAAUUAUUGAAGAUUAUAAUAAUAGUAAUAAGUUAUAGAGUAUAAAAAUUGUCUAUGAUAUGUCGAAAGGACCAGAGGGUAUAAUUAACAAAUUAAAAACAUAGUCCAACAAGAAGGGCAAGGGAAGGACUUCAGUUUCUUGCUCGGCGAUUAGCAUUUAUUAAUUUUUUAUUGUUCAAAAGUACAAAGAAUCUCUAUAUACAUAAAUGUUUGUAUGAGAUUUUUAGGAUUACGUAUGUUUGGUUAUGCAAUGGGCAUACUGGAUUUAAAUAUCCAAGGAGAUAGUACAUAAUGCAAACACCAUGUGUAAUUGUGUUUCUUAUGCAGUAUUUGACUUACAAGAUUUAGGAAUACAUUUUCUCCGUCCUUCAUUCGUAACCUAUGCAUAUGUAUAAAUAACUAAAUAUGUACUUGGUUAGAUUAAAAUUAACUAUUUGUGUUUUGUUUUUUCUGUCAAUUGCUUUAAAGGGUUAAUACAAGUUUAAAUGAAAACCUUAAAAAGAAAUGGAUUAAAGUUAAACGAACAAGGUGUAAAGGAUUGUCGAAGUUGAAAUAACCUUAGAUAUAUCUUACCAAUACACUCCAAAUUAUAUUUGUCAUAUAAAUAUGCCUAAAUAAUUUUGCCGCCUCUUUAAAAUAAGCUACUGUAAGUCACCUCUCAGGUAGAAUUCCUCAUUUUUGAUUGAUACAAAACUUUAUUAAAUAUAUUCUGGAACAACAUUGUAGCAUAUCCUUUUUUUAAUAGGCCAUAAUAAUUUAAAUUUAUUUUAUUUCCAAAAGCUUCUAUUAUGAGUGACAUAAAUGAAGCAAUUACAUAGGUGUGAUAAUAUUGUGUAGAAAUGUCUGUGAUAGAAUGCUUUUAAAAAGCAGACAGUAUUUUAAAAAAUGCUUCAAACUAGUGAAUUUUGUGUGCAAUAAAAUGAACACAAAGUAUACUCAUAGACAUGGUAGUUCACAAAAGUAGGGUAAUGUUUUAUUAUUAUUAGCUAGGUGACUUAUUUGUCUGUAUAACCAAUCCUUUCCAUUCCUUUGGUAAUUGUUUUAAAUGUUGUGGAAAUUGAUAUAAUGGUAUAGUGGUGUAUAAAAAUAACAAUUAAUGUAAUCACAUACUGUAUUUGAAUAAUUGUUGUUGUUGGCCUCUAUUGUGAAUGUAAAUUACCCUUGGAUAAUUCAAUUAUUUUCUUUUACUUGUUAAAAUACCUUUUUAUUUAGAAAGAAUGUCUAGUCAGACAAAGUUUUGUUAAUUGAAUGUUUUAAAAUUUAUAUAGUUUUUAUAAUAUGUGCUGAUUGCAGAAGUAAAAUCAAUAAAUUAUGAGUUAGC